AUGUCCACCUCAGCUGAUGCCGAAAGGCUCAAGGUUCAACUAUCCACGCUCCUUUCUCAAGCGCACGAACGAAGCAUAGCUCUGCGAUUAGCGCCCUCUGCGCCUUCUUUGACCAGACCCAUCAAAAAGUCUUUACCUGUCGUGCUGAAGGGACUGGAUGAGCUUAGAGGGCAUGAGGAGGAGGAGGAGGAGGAGCUGAGGAAGAGUUGGGAGAAGAUCAGGAAUGUGUUGAUGGAGGAUGAGGAAGGCAGAGAUUUGGUGGAAGAGGCGCAAAGACCGUGAGUUGAAGCGGCGACUGGUGUGCGGGAGAUGUGGUGAGCCAAGUUGGAGCGUUGGAAUGCCUUCGAUGAAAGUCCAUUUGUAAGGCCCAGUGAGUUGAACUGAUUCGACCGUCUCUCUUCUCGAUGCGAAAGAUACGCUUCGAGGAGUCAGCCGCUGCUGGGUGCUUCCAGCUCCAGCGCUGCCGAGACGAGCAAUGCAACAGCGGCAUACACCUCCAACACGAAAGCCUUUUCGGACGAGCCCUACAGGGACGAUCCUCGCGCCUCAUCCGGCCCCGCACCGGACUCCCGAGACAGUUCAGCGCUGUACACUGCCCAACAAGCACAGAUGCAAGCUCAAGAUGGACAAUUGGACGCGCUCGCCCUCUCCAUUGCUAGACAGAGAGAGAUGGGCUUGAGAAUGGGAGACGAGUUGGAGCUGCAUGGACAACUCUUGAAUGAGCUGGAUGGAGCUACGGACGGAACGCAGGAGAGGCUGGAUAGAGCUCGUGGAAGGAUGGGAAGAUUGGAGAAGAGCUUCAAAGAACAUGGUCAGUACCCCCUUUUCUGACCUUUCUGACCUUGCCCCGAUAUUGUCAAUCGUAUGCAUCGGCUCACUGACUGGGCACCUGAUGAUUCACUGCUCGUCCCUCAGCUUCUUCGUACACCAUCGUGUUCCUCAUCAUUGCUCUGGUCAUCUUUAUCCUCUUCGUCAAGUGA